AUGUGCCAGACAGAAAAUACACCAUCCUCGAGCACUCCAAACAAGCAGGACAUGGUCGAGGUCGGCCAGGUAAACGGCACAAAUGGCCGUCCUGCAGCGGCUUCAGCGAACCAGCAGAGAAAUCCAUACGCACCCCGCUAUGCAGACUUUCUGAGUAACGUAUGCAACUUUAAGAUUAUCGAGAGCACCCUCAGAGAGGGAGAACAGUUUGCAAACGCAUUCUUUGACAGACCAACCAAGAUUGCCAUCGCAAAGGCUCUUGAUGCAUUCGGUGUCGAGUACAUUGAACUCACCUCUCCCGCCGCAUCGGAGCAGUCCCGACUCGACUGCGAGGCCAUUUGCAAGCUCGGUCUCAAGGCAAAGAUUCUUACUCACAUCCGAUGCCACAUGGACGAUGCCCGCAUCGCUGUCGAAACCGGUGUCGACGGCGUCGAUGUCGUGAUUGGCACUUCAUCUUUCCUCCGAGAAUUUUCGCACGGAAAGGACAUGGCCUACAUUACCAAGACGGCCAUCGAGGUCAUCAACUUUGUCAAGUCAAAGGGCAUCGAAGUCCGAUUCUCCUCCGAGGAUAGCUUCCGCUCAGACCUCGUCGACCUUCUCUCCAUCUAUCAGACCGUCGACAAGAUUGGCGUCAACCGCGUCGGUAUCGCCGACACGGUUGGUUGCGCCAACCCUCGUCAAGUCUACGAUCUCGUCAGGACUCUGCGAGGUGUCGUCAGCUGCGACAUUGAAAUCCAUCUUCACAACGACACCGGAAUGGCCAUUGCAAACGCAUAUACUGCUCUCGAGGCUGGUGCGACACAUAUCGAUACUUCCGUCUUGGGCAUUGGUGAGCGUGUCGGCAUCACGCCACUCGGUGGUCUCGUUGCAUGCCUCUAUGCCGCAAACCCAGAAUACGUCAAGUCCAAGUACAACCUCCCGAUGCUUCGCGAGAUUGAAAACUUGGUCGCCGAAGCCGUCGAGGUUUCAGUGCCGUUCAUGAACCCUAUCACUGGCUACUGCGCAUUCACCCACAAGGCUGGUAUUCAUGCCAAGGCCAUUCUCAACAACCCGUCAACCUAUGAGAUUCUCAAGCCAGAAGACUUUGGUCUCACUCGCUACGUCUCGAUUGGUCACCGAUUGACUGGCUGGAAUGCCGUCAAGAGCCGAGUAGAGCAGCUACAGCUCGUCCUCACCGAUGACCAGAUCAAGGAUGCGACUGCCAAGAUCAAGGAACUCGCCGACGUCCGAACACAGAGCAUGGAAGACGUCGACACUGUCUUGCGUGUCUACCACUCUGGUAUCGUCAGCGGCGAGCUCGAGGUGGGCGACAGCCACCAAUUCGACAAGCUUCUCAAGAAGCACCGAGACUCGUCUCUCCCGCGUCCGGAACUGACCAAUGGCGCCAAUACAAACGGCACAGCUACGCCCACGCGUGCGUAA